UCAAUGACUUUCUGAGGCUUUACGCUUGAUCUUUAUGGCAUUUGUCAAUAUUUAAAGUUGACAUAGACCUACACAUAAUGCAAGUUGUGAAUGUUGAAUGGAGUCCUCGUUGUGACAUGAACUCCUAUUUGACGUACUAGGUAUGAGGGAAAGCAAAGACAAUCGUGUGGACCUGAAGGACCCCAGUAUCACUGCAGAAGGGUUCCGUCCCCUACUGAACUUCCUGUAUUCCGGGGAACUUACGGUGUCUAUAGAGAGUGUGUACGAUGUUCUCUUGGUGGCCAAUCAUUUACAGAUUCAGUCUGUCAUGAAAUUGUGCUACGAGUUUGUUUCGCAAAAUAUGCGGGAUGCACCACUGGACCUGGCAAAUUAUGCCAAAGCAGAAAAGCUUGCUGAUGCAUACGGACUGAUAACAUUGCAGGAAAAAGUAAACUCUGCGCUGUCAGAGAACUUUCUGGAGCUAAGCACAUCCGAUGAGUUUCUCCAGUAUACUACAGCGGAACAGUUGAUGAAGCUGUUAAAGACAAACGAUCUUGUGUCGCCAUCGGAACUGCAGGUGUAUGAGGCGGUGGUGCGUUGGCUCAUGCACGAUGAACAGACCAGAAUUCCGCAUACAACCGAAGUCCUCAGCCACGUGAGAUUUGCACUGCUGGACCAGAGCACGUUGUCUGGACUGCUUCAGACCGAUAUGGGUGCCACUGAAUGUUGCAGGCAACUGAUCCUGGAAGCCAUGGCCUACCACAGCUAUCCAUCCGAGAUGAAACAAGGCAUUGACUGGCCACGAUCAAGGCCCAGAACUUCAGCGAGCAAGAAGGUAUGCACAUUUCUUUGCAGGGAUAAAAACAAUGAAAUUCAUGUUUUUGUAAUGUGAAGUCUUACUGAGAGAAAGCAUAUAGGAAAUAGAAUGCAUAAAAAUUGCUGCCGUUUGCUAAUUGUCAUAA